AUGCCGUCGAUGCGGCACCGUGUUUUAUUCGUCCUGCUGUUCAAUUUCUCACACAUGAUCUGGUCAAUCACUGCUCCGGAACCCAAGCCCAAUCCGACCAGGUCGACUAAGCUGCCAACGGGCGCAAGAAAGCUCGCAGUCCAAUCUGUAAAUAAGCCGUUGAUGGGAAUCGGGAUUACCGCAGACGGUCUCAAUGAUCCUCGGUAUCAGGGAGUAGUUACGAAGUAUUUCUCGGUCAUCACACCUGGCAAUGAAUUGAAAUGGGGUACCCUGGAGCCGAAUCCGGGUGCUUACAAUAUUGCGGGCGCCCGGUCCCAAUAUCCAGGUUGGGUUGAUGGGAUAACUAAGGUGGGGGACAUGAGACAGAGAAUGAGCAUGAUCUUAGAAUUCGUGAUCAAGAAUUAUGGCCGAAAUGCGAUAGCAAUGGAUGUUUGCAAUGAGAUCCUUGAUAAGAAUGGAAACCCGGACAAUCUUCCCUGGAAAAGGAUAAUGGGAAACAAGUGGUACGAGGAAGCGUUUCGAAUGGCCAAGCAAUUUCGCGAUCAAUACGCGCCACAGAUGCUACUCUUCCUGAAUGACUUUGGUGCUGAGUACAUGAACCCAAAAGCCGAUGGACUGCUUGCAAUAGCCACCAGUCUUUACAAGCAAAAACUUCUAGAUGCUGUUGGAUUUCAAUGUCACUUUGCUGCAAGUCAUAUUCCACGUCACGUCUUUCAGAAAAAUCUAGAGCGCUUUACAGCAGUAGGCUUGAAGGUGGCCAUCACUGAAAUAGAUAUGCGGAUUCAAAUGAACGAGCAGCCGAAGGCAGUCCAGAAAGACUUAGCCGCCAAAACCGGAGACUAUGAAGUGAUUUAUGGGAUAUGUAGAAGGGUGAAGGGAUGUGUCUCGGUGACUGCCUGGGGGGUCACUCCUAGUGACUCCUGGAUUGGCCACGUAGAAUACCCAGGAUUUGGUAAUGCCACUCUUUUUGAAAAUGAUUUUUCACCGACUCCAGCAAUGAAACAGCUCAUCAAAGACGGUUUUUUCUCCUAA